UUUUUUUUUUUUAAUACACUUUUUGCCCUCCCCUUGUGGAUUCUGCUUUCUUUUUUAUUCUCCGACUUCCUCUUAACAUUCCUUCUUCCCUUCAUCUCGAACUCAAAGCCUACUAUUGCCAACACAUUGUUUUUUUUCUGGAGCUUUUCUUGAACGCGUCUUCUUCUGGCGCUCUUUGAGCUGCCAUCUAUUGAAGAAGGCGUAGAUCUCAGAUCUUGGCCGCAUACCUGACGCCAUCGUCUCCUUUCCCUGCUGCGCCAUACCUCAACACCAUGCCUUGUAUAUCAUGACCAUCUUCGUCCUUUUCGGGACCCCAUUCUCUUCUGCCCUCUGGCUCGAUCGGUUGCACAAUUGAUCGAUAUUGAGAGAGCAUCUUCUUAUUAAAUAUAUUUGAUUGAUGAAAUUAUCGGAUUAUAUUCUUUUCAAGCAAUUGAAUCCUUCAAUCCUCGCUGUCGCCACUAUCCUUUCCACCUCUCACCAUACUACUACCUACCGAGCUGUCUCUUUAUCCUCAUUUACCUUGUUUCCCUCACAUACUCCCUGUCGUCAGUAUUAAUAUAAUCAUAAAGUGAUGGCCAACUUCCGUGGUGGUGACCGACCUUUCUCGUCGAUACAACACAUCUUGAAGAUGCUACUCUCACCUCAUCAGUCUAACAAGUCUGCCCCGCAAGAAAACGCAAUGACUGAGGACAUCGAUGAACCCCCCGAUCACCGGUUCCUAAAUACUGCCCAAAUGAACGUUGACGACGGUGUGGUUUACGUCAAGUCUCCCACCGCCAUGAGUGAUAAGAAAGAAUCCCUCCUCACCCGUGCCCUCCGGCACAGCCCGACUCUAAGCCCAUCUGAAGAGCUUCCCUCCCCCCGUGACCGGUCCUUCUACCGCUCGUACCCUCAUAGUAAUGUUAGCGGUGUGUCGAGUGCUGAAUUGACUAGCGACGAAGGCUUGAGCAGUCCAUCCUUGUCCAGCACCCCCAGUCCACCUCUACCAGCUCAGCUAUCCAGCAAAGCCCCAUCAAUGGGCAGCAACAAGAAGUUGACCAUACAGACUAGCGAGUCGACUGUAGAGGCCAACCUCGGACGCAAGAGAUGCAUCAGCUUUGCAUGCGGGCGUAGAACGGAGGAGUCGAAGGCCCAACCACCCACACCGCAACGACCGACCGCGCAGAAGAAUGAUACCAACCCUACCCCAACAGAGCCUGCGAAGCGGAGGACGGUCCUCACCUUCGUUUGCCCAGCCCGUGACCCGGAGACGAAAAGAGAACGGUCUCCGUGCCGUGGUGUCAGUGUACGAUCACGUCCUCGUGGGUCACCUGCCCCGAUCUCUCGUAAGGCAUCUCCUGAGAAGGUUAUGCCUCCAGUCGCCCAGGUCCAGAAGCCAGCCACCGAGAAGAGGGGUGUACCCACGAGCGGUCUGGGCAAGUUCGAAGAGUCUGAGGCGACUCGCUUCCACGAGUUUGCUAGCUCUGAGGAGGAAGAUGAUGAAUGGGUUACCAAGUCGGGUGACUACACGGACAAGAUCACCAUGAGUGAUUGUAUGAAGAAAGAAAUCGCGAUUCGGAAACUCGGCGAAGAAGCAGAGGAGGAGGCUCUUGAGGACGAAGCAGAGGAUGAAGAAGAGGACGACGAUGACGAUGAGUCCACUGUCAGUGACCUCUCAUCGGAUGAUGGUAACGAGUCAGAUAACGAGGCAGGCUUUGCGGAUUCAGAUGAGAGCGAUGAUGGCUCCGAGUAUGAAUUUUGGGCUCCUGCCACGACUACUGCUGCUACCAGUCCUCUGACUCUGGAGGUUCCUCCUACUGUUCUCCCUCGGAGGGACUCGAACACGUCUUUCGACUCUGGUCAUGAUGAUCUGAACCGGAGAUGGCCACCUGCGCUCUCGGGCAAAGGCAUCAACCGUGCGAAGCCUAUGAAGAUGCGUCCUAGGACUCCCAACUUGCCUGACAGUACGGACUUUGUCUGCGGCACAUUUGACGAAGAUCGACCUCUGGAAGCUGCCUACAAGUCUUGCAUCGAGCAGCGUCGACUUUCCAAGCAAAUCAUCAUCCCUCAAGACAUCGACCCUAGCUUCCCCACAUCGGAUCUUGAUGAGGAGGAUGAGGAUGACGACGACGAUCUGGCAGAGUCUAUCAUGGUCGACGAACCGGCUCGAGGAAGAUCUGGGGCUGACCAGACUCGGAAGCAGUCUCCUCGCUUGUCUCCCAAGCGGAUGGUCUCUCCACCUCCUCGUCGCCAUGGCCGCUCCUCCCCCAGACGUCUACGCUCUCCACCACCACCGAUGAAGUUAAAGUCCCCAGUUAAAGUCGAACAGACUGUCAGUGACGAGGCCACCCAUCUCCAGGCUCCUGGCGUGAACAUCAGCGAGUUGGUUCAACGCCGGCACGUUACUCGUACCAAGUCGCUUCCUCGGACACCCAACCCCUUCUUCGCUAAACAGGAUGGCUCUUAUCGCUGGACGGGUAUUGUUCCCCUCCGAGAGUCACCUGAGCGUGAAUCAUCCCGCACUCGUGAAGUACAUACCAGAGGCCCCAUCGACAUAGUUGAGGGUCUCGAGAAGAAGCGCCAGAAGCGCAAAGAAAAGUACUGGCGUCAACACUGCCGCAAAGCUGCCAAGGAGCAGAUGGAGCGGCGACCCAUUCCCGGAAAGGGUGCUGAACGGAUGAAGGACCUGGGCCUCGCAGUUGCUGAGAGGUGCCGAGCCUACGGCGUCGGAGAAGACGCACAGCUCGUCCUAUCUGUUUAGACCUUUCCUUUCUUCAUCAGAAGGGAUACAUGCCUUUCUUGUACAUAUUGAUUAUUUUUAACGAUCACCCACUCGUUGACUGUUGUUUCCUACCUGGCUGAUGGCUUUCUGCUUCGGAGGACAUUUGUUUGCAUUUACAGGGCGAUCGCUUUUGCUUCUUCGUUUCUUGUGAUACAUAUUUGUUACCCGCACUCCCUUUUAUUACUAUUUUUAUGACAUCCCUUCUGUUGGGCGGCCUCUGUUUCUGGUCGGGACUCUGGUUUGGUCUGUUUUUUGUUUUAAUUUUUGUUGCAUGGAGGCGGUUCAUGAAGUGUAUACCCCCUUUUUGGUUGUUGCGCGCGACGUUGUAGAUACCGGUUCCAACCGACUGAUCAGUGUGCUGGUCCCUCAGAAUAUCCGAAAUUCAAACAAAUGAAAAAAUAUACAUACAAAAGAAAAGACUUACUAUACAUCCUUUGUAGUUGACUUUAGC